AUGGCUGUAGUGGCCACGGUAUAUGCGCUGCCUUUGAAGGGAAUGAUACGGCUGUUAUGUGCAGGACAUGGUGCGUGUUUGGAGCCCAACCUCUGUAACUGUGACCCAGGCUUCGGGGGAAAUGACUGCUCUAAUUUCUCAUGUGAAGCUCUUGGAUACUGCUCUGGCAAUGGACAGUGUGUAUUAUUGGACAUGUGUUUGUGUUCUCCCGGCUGGCUGGGUGAACGCUGUGACGAGCCCGUCUGCAGUGAUGUGGCCAACUGCUCUGGUAAUGGAAGUUGCGUCUCACCUAACCUGUGCGAGUGUCUGGAUGAAUACGACGGCGUCGACUGUUCUAUUAGAAUUGGUUCUAACUAUCACAGCCCAAUGUUUGCAUACAACUGGUACAAUGGCACUGUGCCGGAAAAUGCCCCACCAGGGACUAUUAUCGUGUUUCAAGAGAACAUUACCAUGAUUAACGCGACAGACUUAGAUACAGGGCGAAAUGGCAAACUAGAGUAUACUUUCUCUGGAAGCAACGGAGCGGAGCGGUUUUUCAACAUGGACAGUCAGGGACAGUUAUCAGUGGUAGCCAAACUGGACUACGACAGUCUUCCGCAGGAGUUCAUUAUGACAGUAGUGGCAUCUGACAAGGGCGUACCGCCCAAGAGUGCUGCUACCAAGGUCGCCAUCAUUGUCCAAGACGUCAACGAUAACGCGCCAGUUUUUCAGUUGGUUGGUUUCCCAGAUAUUCCAGUGAAUGCCAGCGGCGAGCUAGGACGCACGGUAGGGCGGUUCCUGGCCACAGACAAAGACAGUGGGUCGUACGGAACGGUUCGACACUCUAUAACCAACGAAAGCAACCCUGAUGCUGUAUUUGCUGUCAAUGAAGACACUGGAGAGCUGAGCGUCGUCCGGUACCCAGUCCAGUAUCGAUAUGACCUUACCAUUUUGGCGGAGGAUGGAGGAGAACCACCAAAGUCCGCCAUCUUGCCUGUUGUUAUUUCUGUCUACGGACACCUAGUUGAGGGGCGAAAUGAUACAAUCGUUGUGAACCCUACGACUAACACCGUAGCACUGGUUUCCACGACUCUUGGGAGUUCUGUAACCACGGGCACCCCGGGUAAAGUUGAGGGGCGAAAUGAUACAGUCGUUGUGACCCCUACGACUAGCACUGUAGCAUCCGUUUCCACGACCCUUGGGAGUUCUUCAACCACGGGCACCGCUGGUAAAGUGACAAAUAGUGGGACAGUACCAACGCCAAAGACGACGACAACACAAGCAACUGUGGUAAAGUCCCCACAAGAAGCAUGGUACCAGACGGUGGGCUUCAAGGCCGGCGCAGGCGCAGUUGGUGGAGUGGUGGCACUGUGCCUUAUUGCUGUUAUUGCCUAUCGCUGUAUCUGGGGACAGAAGUAUAAAGGCGGGUCAGUGCCAGAGCAUCCCCGUAGAUCGUCCCCCAUGGCCUACACACACCAGAUGACAUCUAUCGGGGCAAACAAAUACGUCACGGAAGGAGACAUCGGCAACAUUGAGGACAUUGAUGCCUCGGCGGAUAGUGAGAACGAGACUUCAUUUCCACCUGGGAGACAUGCAUUUAGCAAUCAGGCAUUCAAUUAG